AUGGCCCACAUCAUCGAUGGCCUACACGAAGAUUAUCACAACGCAGAUAGCCCACGCAAAGUGUACACUCUCAUUAUAGUUUACUUCACGUCGGGAGCAGUAGGUAAGAGUAAAGACAAAGAGCAACAAGAGUGGGCAGUAAAGGAACGAAAGCACUAA